UUGCCAUGUCGUUUUUGCUUCGAAUUUUAUUUUCAUUUUAUGUCACACAAAUCAAUAAAUUAUUCUCAGAAGUUCACAGAAAUUCGUAGUAAGAAUAUUCAAAAUGUUGUGUAUAAAUACACUUGUAUUGCUUUGUAUAAUAAGCUUUUGUAGCUCACUAAACAGAUCCGAUGCAGCGGCAAUCGAUGAAUCGGACAUUUACGAAUCGGAAUCAGAUGAAGUUCCGAUGAAGUUAUUUUCCCAAACUAAAAAGCCAAUAUUUGUACCCCAGCCACGAAAUAUGAGUAAAGUUCAUCAAUCAGAUACUAAAACAACAAAGUUUAUAAAUUAUUGGUCCAAAAUUGUAAGGGACAAACAGAAACGAGUCGAUAACGAUGCUAGGGAAUUAACCAUUUACAUACCGAAAUAUACAAGAGAUGCGGAUGGAAAUUGGAUCGCAAUCAAUUGGCGACCAACUCCAAACAAUAUUUGGGAGGAUACACGCUUGCAUGCGACGGGCCUUGACUGGCUUUUCCAAACGAAAGAUGUUGUUGUUAUCAACUAUAGGCCUGGAAGGAAGCAUUCAACUGUCUGCUAUGCAAGGUCGACACAAUACAUUUGGCCAUUCCCUUUAUAUUAUUUAAAGAAAAGUGUCCAGGUUAACCUUUUUAAUCAUCGCGCAUUCUACGAUGUCCUCAGAUAUCAAAUGUAUCACUAUGGACGUUCAGAGGAGUGCCAUGAUGUCAAGUAUAGUGUGUGGUCGAAGUAUAUGGAAUGCGCUUUAUUCCGUAAUAUGCGAAUGGACUAUCUUAUACCAAAGUAUCCAUUGCACCAAAAAGGAUACUUUGCUCACUGGAAGUUAUACAUUUAAUCACAUAGGUAUGCUUACUUCUACAAUUACUGUGUAUAGUGAUGUCUUUAUAAUUAAGUUUAAUUCUUCAAUAAAUCUCAUUAAAUUCA